AGCCACUGGAGUUAUUUUAGUUGUGUUUACAGAUAAAGAAAACAGGAGCUGUCCCCGCGGUCUGCCUCCUGUGAUUAUGCGGCGUCUGUAAAAGCGGGUCCGGCUGAUCUCAGACCAGACUCUGGAGCAGCAUUCCUGGGAGCCAUCUUCCUGUAGGAAGUAGUCCUGUCUGCUGGGAUGGAUGCCUGCCCCUCUGAGGACGUCCUCUUCCAGCUUCCCUGGCUUCCUGUGAGCAUCAGCGGCUGCCGGCUCCUCACCAAGAGCUGGUUUGGGGAGACGGCGUACCGCAUCCUGCUAACGGACAUGCAGUGUGUGUGGGAGGAGAGGAUGGAUGCAGCAGACAUCCAGAGCAGAGCUCAGCAGGAGCUCAACCGCCGUUUGAGAGCGUCAGUUAAAGCUUUCUUCUCCCACCUGUGUGAGGUGGCUCGGCCCUGCCUGUCCGGAGGCGACGGUCAGGCUCAGAUCUCCCUGACUCGACAGGAAGGCGGCAACAUCAGCAUGAGGCUGAAGAGCGAGCUGGCCGGGCUUCCUUUCUACUGGGAGUUUCACUGCAGCCCUGCUCCUGUAGCUCUGGUGUGUGCCCAGCUGCUGCGCCCCCUGCUGGUGAUGAGCUGCCUGCUGCAGCAGCAGGUGGAGCAGCUUGGAGGUCUGCUGGUGAGGAAGGAUGAAGAGAUUCAGGACUACAGAGAGAACGGAGCUACGCUCAGCAGAGAACGCCUGCAGACCUCCGCCUUCCAGGAGCAAACAUACAGGGAGGACUUCAUGGCCAAGACUCUUCCUCUGCUGUGGUCUGAACACUCUGACGCUCUGGGUUUCAACCCCGGCCUCCAGCAGCUUUAUGCUGCCACCGUCGCUCACAGGACUGCACCUAAACGUAAACUGUCCGAGGAGCUGAGCGUUGGGGAAGACCAGGACUCCGCCAGAGAACCAGCCAUCGUCUCAUCCUCUGACGUCGGCCCUGUCGACUCCGACCCAGCAGAUGACAGGAACCAGAACGGGCGGGCGGAAACAUCCAGACCAACAACACAGCAGCCCAUCAAGUCCAGCCCUGCAGAGCGACCGUCCGCCAAACCAAAGAAGAAGAAAGUGGGCCUGUUCAGAUGAGCCUCAGCAGUAGGACACGUCCUGAUUUAUAACCACUUUUUAUUUUACUUUUAUCUCCUGAAGGACAUUUUUACUACAUGACUCAGUGGAAUUUAACUGGUUUUAUCUGUUGUAUGUUAAUUAAAGCUCUGAAUGACUUUU